AUGUCUCCAAAAUGUUCUGGUCUCUUUAUUAGGCAUUUUUUUUUAGUUGAUAUGAAAUUCCAAUGCCAGCAGCCUCCUCUCAUCCUAUUAAGAGAUUUAUCUUUCUCUUUCAGCAUCUCAACUUUCUCCUCCUAUUCAAUUCAUACCUUGCUCUAUCUCUCUCUCUCUCUCUUUCCAUAUCUUGCUCUAUCUCUCUCUCUCUCUUUCCAUAUCUUUCUCUCUCUCUCUCCAUAUCUUGCUCUAUCUCUUUCUCUCUUUCCAUAUCUUGCUCUCUGUAUCGACCUUUACAUAUCUUGCUCUCUCUAUAGAUAUAUUUCCAUAUUUUUCUCUCUCUCUCUAUUUACAUAUCUUGCUUUCUUUCUCUGUAUAUUUUGCUCUCUUCCUAUCUUGCUCUCUCACUCUUUUGAUAUCUUGCUCUCUCUCUUCAUAUCUUGCUCUCUCUCUCUCUCUUUCCAUAUCUUGCUCUUUCUCUUAAAAGUUAUCUUUUAUUCCUUUCCCUCUCAUAAUUUUGGCUGUCCAUCUCUCUCUUUUUCUUUUCCUCUCUGUUGGUCUAUCUCUCCUGUAUACUCUUUCUCUCUUAAUUCAUCUCUCCCUCACACUCACUCUCAGUUUAUCUUCUUUUCCUUUUUUUUCCUUUUGUUUGCUCUCCCCACCCACCUAGUUUAUCAUUUUAUUUUCCCUAUUGGUUCAUUUCUCUCUCUUUCUCUUGAUUUGUUUGACUGUCUCUGUCAGUUUGUCUCAUUCUUUCUCAGUGUUCAUCUUUCUCUCUCCUCUCCUCACUUAACAUUGAUCAUCUCUCUUUCUCUCUCUUUUGCUCGCUUUGGCUCUUUCUCUCUCUCUCUCUCCAUCACAGAUUGUCUCAUUCAUGCUCAUUUCAACUCUCCCACCUCUGUAACCCCUUCUUUCUCUCUCUCAGUCUGGUAUAACUUUGUCUUUCCUUAUUGCUUCUCUCUUUCUUUUUUUAUCCUUUACUCUCUCUCUCUCUCUCUCCCCAUAUCCUGA